AUGGAUCAGGCUAAACUCAGCGAGCAAUUCGACAAGGCUGCCGAGGGUGGUGAGCGCUCCGGUGCUGGCUACACCGCUACCUACGAGACCGUCGAAUCCGAUGUCGAGCCCAUCGGCGACUUCGACAGCAUGGGCCUCAGGGAUGAGCUCCUCCGCGGCAUCUACGCCUACGGUUUCGAGAAGCCCUCGGCCAUCCAGCAGCGCGCGAUCGUGCCGCUCUCCCAGGGCAAGGACAUCAUCGCCCAGGCCCAGUCCGGUACCGGCAAGACCGCCACGUUCGGCAUCGGUAUCCUCCAGCAGAUCGAUCUGGCCGGCAAGGACGCCCAGGCCCUGAUCGUCGUGCCCACCCGCGAGCUGGCCCAGCAGGUCCACCGCGUCAUCCAGGCUCUGGGCGCCCACAUGAACAUCAAGGCCCACAUCCUCACCGGAGGCACCCGCGUCGAUGACGACAGGCGCAUUCUCCGCGAUGGCGUCCACGUCGUGGUCGGUACCCCCGGCCGCAUCUUCGACAUGAUCACUCGCGGCGAGCUCAUCGCCGAGAGGAUCAGGACCUUCGUGCUCGACGAGGCCGACGAGAUGCUCUCCAAGGGUUUCGAGGAAAUCAUCAGGGACAUCUUCAAGACGCUGCCUCACAGCGUGCAGGUCGGCAUCUUCUCGGCCACCCUGCCCCCCGAGUGCCUCGACAUCACCAAGCGCUUCAUGAACAACCCCGUCAACAUCCUCGUCAAGCAGGAGGAGCUCACCCUCCAGGGUAUCAACCAGUUCUACGUCAACUGCGAGCGCGAGCAGUGGAAGUACGAGACGCUCUGCGAUCUCUACAACGACAUCAACAUCACACAGGCCGUCAUCUUCUGUAACGCCAGGAGGAAGGUCGACUGGCUCACCGAGAGGAUGACCAGGGACAACUUCACCGUCUCGGCCACCCACGGUUCCGUCGACCCCAGCGAGAGGAAGAAGAUCAUGGAGGAGUUCAGGACCGGCUCGAGCCGAGUUCUCAUCACCACCGAUCUGCUCGCCCGCGGUAUCGACGUCCAGCAGGUCUCCGUCGUCAUCAACUACGACCUCCCCCGCAGCAAGGAGAACUACCUUCACAGGAUCGGUCGCUCGGGCCGUUUCGGCCGCAAGGGUCUCGCCCUCAAUUUUGUCACCCAGGACGAUCUCAAGGAUCUCCGCGAUCUCGAGAGGUACUACGACACCGUCAUCGAGCCCAUGCCCGUCGACGUGGCCUCCUACCUGUAA